AUGAUGAUGACCCCAACCACCAUUGCUAAGGGCCCACUCAAAUCCAUGUCUCCUCCAACCAGUGGCCUGGGAUCAACGACCACACUAACCACUGUUAUUAAGGGGCCACUAACCACUUUGACAACCACCCCAGGGCCACUAACCGCUUUGACAGCCACCCCAUCCACUUCUACAGCCACCCCAUCCGCUUCUACAGCCACCCCAUCUGCUUCUACAGCCACCCCAUCCACUUCAACAGCCACCCCAUCACCUCCAACAGUGACAUUGGUGACUGCCACCCCAGCCAUUGUGAAGGGGCUGUCUGAACCUGCAACUGAUGCAUCUACUCUUCCACCACCCAUCAUCCCACCUCUAACUGCUUCGGAAACCACCACCCCAGCAAACAUUAUGAGGAGGCCAUCCAAUACAACACAAGGAACAGUUGAGGGACCAUCUGAUUCACGACAAAAAACCAUUUCAGAUGCUCUACAGAAGAGUGUGCAGGAAAAUGAAAGCCAAAACACGUGCAAAGAAAUCAGACACACUUUCUGA